GAUUAUUUGUUCUCUAUAAAUUAGGAAGAAAACUAUCUCAGAUUUCAUCACUUUUACUCUCUCUCUUUCUUUCUCUCUCUCUCUCAAUUCUCAAACCAGUUUCAUAUAUACUGAGAGAUCUCACCACUAUUUUUCCUGCAUCAGUUUCUUAUCAGCUCCAGCUCCCAUGGCUGCAACCGGUGUGGCGGUGCAUUUAUAUUGGAAUGGAACAGCGAAGACCGAGAAAUACGAUGUUGUUUUUGAAGGUGAUGCCAUGAAAGUGAUGCCUAUUAAGCUCAACUAUGGAACUACGUAUGCUGGAUUGUUGGAUAAAAUCUACGCAACUACGGGCAUUGAGGAGAAGGAUUUUGAGUUGAACAUCAUAUGCAGAUACCCUAUAUCUUCAAGGGAAUAUAAGCCCAUCCCAAUAAAGAAUGACGAGGCCGUAGACCUCAUGUUGGAAGUGCCAUGCAGAUCAUUUCGAGUCUACUGUGUGGAGAUAUAUUUGGAGGCAACGCGUUGUGUACGUGGAACUCCUCCUCACAUGUAUGCUGCGUGAUCUGCUCAGGAUAUUGUAAUUUUAUUGUGUUGAAUUGGCUUAUAUAUCAAAUCAGUCAGUGUUCAGGGAUUGAAUUAAGUUUGGUGUGGCAUGAUAAUAUGUGAUCUAGUUUGCAUAAUUCUAAGGAAAAUGUAUAAUUCUAAUUUUUUUUUUCUCU